UAGAGAAGAUAGAUCAAUUUGCGGAUGGAAACUCGAUGACAAUCAACCCGCAAAACAAUCCAUGGAGCAAUUAUUAGAAAAAUCGGAAACUAAAUCAAACCAAUUCAAACCCUUCGCUUCAAUAAAUGUUGAAAAAUUUUGCAAGGAUUUUUGCCCAGAUUUAAGUGCAGUUUCGAAGUUGUAUGCAGUUUCAAAUAAUAAACUUGUCGCAAUAUCGGAUACAAUUGUUACUACAAUAAAAUCGAAAUAUGUACAGCAUAAAAGAAUUGAGGUCAUUGAUCUUAUAAAGAAUAAGAAAAUAGAAUUAAGUUUAUAUCAAUACAGAGAUUGGUCAAUGGAAGAAUGUAGAUUUUAUACUAGUAAGGAUAAUGAUGAAUCCUUCUUAAUAGUGGCGCACGAUUAUGAAUGUCAAUAUAUUUUUAAGUUUUCAUGCGACAAGUCGCAAAGCUGGAAAAUAGUUAAAUCAAUUUCUUGUGGUGCAUUUAAAGACAUUCAAAAAUGUCAUAUAGACGGAGAAAAGAUCAUGCUUAUUGAUAAUUGUAGGUCAUUAACACAAUGGAAUUUAAACACAUUAUUAUUCGAAAGACAAUAUCAAUUAACUCACCAUGCGCAUGAAAGUUUAUUCAUUUUUAAUAAGAAUUCUACAUUACUUGCAGUAUAUCAGUAUCGCUAUCCGGAAGGAUUUGUUUAUGUUUAUUUAACCGAAAAUUCACUGCUUUUAUCACAAUGUGGACUUAAAAAGGAGUUACAACAUUUAGAAUUUAUUUCAUCAGAUAAAGAAGAAAGAUUGCUUUUAUUUUUUGAUAAUGAUAAUUUUGAAAUAAGGGAUCCUUACGAUCUUGAUCAUGUUACUCCUGAUGAGUCUGUUUCAAAGCUGCGUGAAGAACUAUUUAAUACAGAAAAUUUGAAGGAAGAAGAAACUUUGAAAGAAGCAACUUCGAAGAAAGAAGAAGAAUAUACUACAAUGAUAGAUAAUAAAAUAUAUUACACAUCAGACAGAUAUUUACGAGUUCAAGAGGUUUCUAGAAAACAAUGGAUCAAAUAUUUACGAGAAAUAUUAAAAGAUUAUAAUAAAACAAGAGUUCUACCUAGCAAACCUCAAAUAAAAGAAAUUCUAGAAAGAUUUAUAAAAGGUAAUAUAACCAAUUCACCUUCACAUGAUGGAUCAUUAGUAAAGUGGGAGGUAAAUAGUGCUGAAAAAGUAAUAAAUGCAUUUUUGAAAUCUGGUAAUGAUUGGAAAUUUGUAAAUAGAAUAAAAUUGAAAGAUGAGCUUUAUGAAAAAAGAGACGAAAUAUGGGGCGGUAUUAAAAUAGUUAUUUACAGCUGUUAUUUAUUGUACAAUGAAGACUUGGCAAUGGUAACAUCUGCAGGCUUAUUUAUAUGGUCAAUUUGGCCGAAACAAAAAAACGAAAAAAAAGAAGAAAUUAGAUUACGAUACCUCAUGAGCGUAAGUCAUGAGCAUGAAUAUAUGGAGAAAUCAGACUUUAAAAUUUUAUUAGAUAAGAUAAAAAAGUAUGAAAAAAAUUCAUUGCCAGCACCAGAUUUUGAAUUCAUUAUUGAUAAUAGCGAAGAGCAUCACACAGAAGAUGAAAAAAAUGGGAGAUGCCUUUUUGGAGAAUUAUUAGAAGAUUAUAUUGAAGAUAAAAUAUUAAUUAAAUUAUAUGGACAGGAACUUUUAAUGUGUUUCUUAAAAUCUAAAAAUUACAUAUAUUUAGGGAAAUUAUGCAGUAAAAUAUAUAAAGAAACGGAAAAUGGUGAUAUAUUAGUAAAGAUUCAGUUAUUAGAUAUUUUUACCUCAUUAUUUACAGAGUUAACGCAAUUCCCUCAAUUGUUAAAAGAAUUUUUAUCAUAUACUUUAUUUAUUCAUUCAACUGAUGUCCCUGAGGAGAUUAAAUUUAACAAAUUCAUUUCAGAUCCACAUCUUCAAAGUCAUAUAAAAUAUUUACAACCUUACUUUACUAGCAAUGUUGAGGAGAAUAUUAAACAGAUUUUUUAUUUUAUUAAAAAAAAGAUUGAAAAAAUUCCUUUCUCUCUUUCUUAUAAUAUAAAAAAAAAACUAGAAAAAACAUUUACUAAAUAUUUUGAACAAUUAGAAAAAAUAUUUUAUAAAGAUUUUCAAACUAUAAUUUUAAUUUUUCCAUUACCAAAGUUUAGCUCUUAUGGAAGCGAUGAUAUUUCUUGGAAAGAGUUAAUUAGGGAGUUAAUUUUGCCUAAACCUAGCACUUUUUCUAAGCAUGAAUUUCCUGAACUUUAUAAAUAUUGGCAGGUGAAUACUAAUAAAUGGGACGGUGCUAUUGAAAUACCUUCUCUUCCUAAUAUAUUAUUAAAAGUUAUAAAUUUAAAUAAAGAUGAAGAUGAAUUAUCUCAAAAAAUAGAAAGCAUUAUUAAAAAAGAGAUGGAUCUAAGAUUUAAAGAAAUAAAAGAAGAUAUUUCAAAGAUUAGAUAA